GCAGAAAUUGAACGUAGCACAAAGUUGGUUUCCACGGCAACGCGUCACAACGACUGAGACGAAGAUGGUUUACAUCACAGAGGAGCUGAUCCGACGGCGGGCCGAGCACAACGACUGUGAGAUCCUGUCCCUGGAGGAGGUUUCUCUGCACCAGCAGGACAUCGAGCGGAUCGAGCAUGUGGACCGGUGGUGCCGGGAGCUGAGGAUCCUCUACCUGCAGAACAACCUCAUCCCCAGAAUCGAGAACGUGGGGCGCCUGAAGAAGCUGGAGUAUCUGAAUCUGGCCUUGAACAACAUCCAAGUCAUUGAAAACCUGGAAGGCUGUGAGAGCCUCCGGAAGCUGGACCUGACGGUGAACUUCGUGGGCCUGCUGAGCAGCGUGGAGUCGCUGCAGCACAACGCCCACCUGAGGGAGCUCUUCCUGGUGGGGAACCCCUGCACCGAGUUCCAGGGCUACCGGCAGUACGUCGUGGCGGCGCUGCCUCAGCUCAAGUGGCUGGACGGGACGGAGAUCAGCCGGUCGGAGCGGAUCAGAGCCUCGCAGGGCCUGGAGCAGGUGAGGAGGCGAGUCAGGGAGCAGGAGCAGGAGUACCUGAGGAGGAGAGAGGAGCAGAGAGAGGAGGCUGCACGACGAGACAAGGAGAGGAAGCCAGACUCACAGGACGACAAGGAGAACCUGCGGAGCGCCGAGGAGGAGGAGCAGGACUUCUGGCACACGCCCUGCUCCUUCACCCCCGAGUCCCGGCUGGAGGCGCACCGCCGCCUGGAGGAGGAGAAGAACGCCAACAGGAAGGAGCCAGAGAAGAAGAGCAAACCUCCCAGGACUCUGAUCACCGCUGAUGGACGGGUCAUGAACAUCAACGAGCCCAAGUUGGCCUUUUCUCUGACGGAGGACGAGGAAAUCGGCGCUGUUGUGUUGGACCUGGCCGUUUACAGACACAUGGACACCUCCCUGAUGGACGUGGACGUCCAGCCGACCUACGCCAGAGUCAGCGUCAAAGGAAAGGUGCUGAGACAAACCAGCUAAACUUUAACAUAAAGACUGAACUUUAAAACACAAAGCGGUCGUCAGCCUGCGCUGGCAUUUAACAGGUCGGUUUCGUUUAGUCAUCGUUUGCUCUCAGGUUUGAAAACAAAAAUAGAUUAAAAGCAGCUUCUUUUAUUCUCCACAGCAGAAAUACUUCAAAAAUAUUUUCACUUCUUGUUCCUUUAAUUCUCCACCUGCUGCUGCUGACAGUGAAGGUCCAGCAAAAACAAAGUCAUAACAUUCAGCAUAAACCAAUGUGAUGACGGCUUCUGCUUCUUAUACAUAUUUAUGAGAUAAACCAGAAAUUACAGUGAAAAUGGAAAAUAUUUCUACAAAAGGUACUUCUAGUCUUUUUCAUCAAAAAGAGAGCAGCGUAAUAUUCAAACAGAAUAAAAUCUGGAUGUGUCUGCAGUUUGCAGAGGAACCAGAUGAAAUGA